CUAGAGCAUCCACAAGCCUCUCCAAAACUGUCACACAUGUACUCUUGUACCCAUCCGAUUCUGUGCUUUUUCCGAUUAAUUUUCUCCUUGAUUCCUUCACGAUGGAAGGGAGGUGAUUCUCCUCGCCGCCAUUUUUAGGGGAACUGCCUAUUGAAGAGAGAAACUUUGACGUUAGCAGCUAUCUAGUUUGCCAGUAGCUUGCCUGCCUACUUCGUUGUGACUGCUAACGCUUGGCAGUCGUUAGCCACAGCAGCUUGCUUCACGGUGGUAUAAAUUAUCCUUGCGGCCGACCAGUAUACGUGACAAAGACAACGGUUAUUGCUAAAGUGAACUAUAUAGAUAGACAGUGUGAUCGUCUAUAUUGGACAGUGCAAUUGUGCGGCUAGAUUAGCAUUGCUAAUUUAUAGCUAGCGAGUUCACACUUUGAUUUCUCUGGACUGCAAUGCCUCGUCUGUCGCCGUGUCUUUUAGCGUCAGCCACUUAGCUUGCUAACGUUACUCUGCGACUGGAUUAACCAGCCGUUUACACACCACUUCGCAACCUGUGUGGAUUCAUUUUAACCGGGUGCCCAUGUGCUGGUUCCUUAGGCCCAUCCAUUACUGCAGAUGAAUCUUCAGCUGCUUUGGUGUAGCUCAGCACCCAGAUAGUCCCAUCCCCUUUGCGUGGGUGACAAGGGACUACAUUAACCCAGGAUGCCCUCCUCUGUAAGGGCAGGGAGCCUGAAGGAUCCGGAUGUGGCUGAGCUUUUCUUCAAAGAAGACCCAGAAAAGCUUUUCUCUGACCUCCGAGAGAUUGGCCAUGGCAGCUUUGGCGCUGUUUACUUUGCACGGGAUGUACGCACAAAUGAGGUGGUGGCAAUUAAAAAGAUGUCCUACAAUGGCAAACAGUCUAAUGAGAAAUGGCAGGAUAUUAUAAAGGAGGUAAAGUUUCUCCAGAGGAUCCGGCACCCCAACAGUAUAGAAUACAAAGGUUGUUACCUCCGUGAGCACACAGCAUGGCUGGUGAUGGAGUACUGUCUCGGCUCAGCCUCCGAUCUGCUAGAAGUUCAUAAAAAACCUUUACAAGAAGUAGAGAUUGCUGCCAUUACACAUGGUGCUCUGCAAGGGCUGGCCUACCUUCAUUCCCACAAUAUGAUCCACAGGGAUGUGAAGGCAGGUAACAUUCUGCUGACUGAGCCUGGGCUGGUCAAACUGGCAGACUUUGGCUCUGCCUCCAUUGCCUCACCUGCCAACUCCUUUGUGGGAACGCCAUAUUGGAUGGCCCCGGAGGUCAUUCUAGCUAUGGACGAGGGCCAGUAUGAUGGGAAGGUGGAUAUCUGGUCCUUAGGGAUCACCUGUAUAGAAUUAGCGGAGAGGAAGCCUCCCUUGUUUAACAUGAAUGCAAUGAGUGCCUUAUACCACAUAGCGCAGAAUGAGAGCCCCACACUGCAAUCCAGUGAAUGGACGGAUUACUUUAGAAAUUUUAUUGAUUCUUGCCUUCAGAAAAUCCCCCAGGACAGACCACACUCUGACGAUAUGCUGGGUCAUGCGUUUCUGCAGCGUGAACGUCCGGACUCCGUGCUGAUGGAUCUUAUUCAGAGGACCAAGGAUGCAGUGCGGGAGCUUGACAACCUGCAGUACCGGAAGAUGAAGAAGAUCCUCCUUCAGGAGGCCCACAACGGACCCACAGCAGAAGCCCAGGAUGGAGACGAGGUGUGUGGAUGUUUGUAUAUUAAAGGUGUAGUAAGCGAUGUUAAACCACUACACUUUCUGUCAAAUUCAGUGUAUGUUUUCUCACGGUCACCUAGCUCUCUAUUUUCUGUGUGCGCUGAAAAAGAAUCCAGUGUUCCUACACAGCCCUGGCUCUGUAAAUGGAAAACAAACAGAAAGGAGCUGGAGCCGGGCGGAGGUCGGACAGGAACGGUGAACAGUGUCGGCAGUAAUCAGUCCAUUCCCAGCAUGUCCAUCAGCGCCAGCUCCCAGAGCAGCUCUGUCAACAGUCUGAACGAAGCGGCUCAGGACAGCCGCAGCGAACUGGAACUGAUGGAGGGAGACCACACCGUCAUGUCCAACAGCUCCGUCAUACACCUCAAACCGGAAGAAGAGGAGAGUUUCUCUGGGGAGCAGGCAGCCCGCAAUGAACCCUCUGAGCCCCAGCCAACACCAGCUCAGCCCCCGAGGAAGCACUACCGCAACAGAGAGCACUUUGCCACCAUACGCACAGCGUCACUCGUGACCCGUGAGAUGCAGGAACACGAGCAGGACUCGGAGCUGCGGGAGCAGAUGUCAGGAUACAAACGCAUGAGACGGCAACAUCAGAAGCACCUGAUGGCCCUGGAGAACAAGCUGAAAGGGGAGAUGGAUGACCACAGGCUGAGGCUGGACAAAGAGCUGGAGAGUCAGAGGAACAACUUCACCCAGGAAAUGGAGAAGCUGCUCAAAAAACACCAGGCGGCCCUGGACAAAGACCUUAAGACGUUUACCAAUGAUGAGAAGAAGUUCCAGCAGCACAUCCAGGUGCAGCAAAAGAAGGAGCUCAGCAGCUUCCUGGAGUCACAGAAGCGGGAGUAUAAACUUCGCAAGGAGCAGCUCAAAGAGGAACUGAGCGAGAACCAGUCGACUCCUAAGAAAGAGAAGCAGGAGUGGCUGUCCAAGCAGAAAGAGAACAUCCAGCACUUCCAGGCGGAGGAGGAGGCCAACCUGCUGAGGAGACAGAGGCAGUACCUGGAGCUAGAGUGUCGGCGGUUCAAACGUAGGAUCCUCAUCGCCAGACACAAUGUGGAGCAGGAUCUUGCUAGAGAGGAGCUGAACAAACGGCAGACACAGAAGGACCUGGAGCACGCCAUGCUGCUCAGACAUCACGAGUCGAUGCAGGAGCUGGAGUUCAGGCAUCUAGGGACGAUCCAGAGGGCGCGGGCAGAGCUGAUCCGGACCCAGCACCAGACCGAGCUCACCAACCAGCUGGAAUACAAUAAGAGAAGGGAGAGGGAGCUGAGGCGCAAGCAUGUCAUGGAGGUCCGACAGCAACCCAAGAGCCUAAAGUCUAAGGAGCUUCAGAUUAAAAAGCAGUUCCAGGAGACUUGUAAAACCCAGACCAGGCAGUACAAGGCCCUCAGGAACCAUCUGCUGGAGACCACGCCCAAGGCUGAUCACAAGGCCGUGCUCAAGAGGCUGAAGGAGGAGCAGACCAGGAAGCUGGCCAUCCUGGCCGAGCAGUACGACCACUCCAUUAAUGAAAUGCUCUCUACACAGGCUCUGCGGUUAGAUGAGGCUCAAGAGGGGGAAUGUCAGGUUUUAAGGAUGCAGCUGCAGCAGGAGCUGGAGCUGCUCAACGCCUACCAGAGCAAGAUCAAGAUGCAAACAGACGCUCAGCACGACAAGGAGAGGAGGGAGCUGGAGCAGAGGGUCUCUCUGCGGAGGGCUCUGCUGGAGCAGAAAAUUGAGGAGGAAAUGCUUGCGCUGCAGAACGAGCGCCUGGAGCGAAUCCGCUCACUGCUGGAACGGCAGGCCCGAGAGAUCGAGGCUUUUGACUCUGAGUCAAUGCGACUGGGCUUCAGCAACAUGGUGCUCACAAACCUGGCUGCCGAUUCCCAGGGAGGCUGGGGGGGAGGAGGUGGAGGUGGCCAGGGGGCUCAGGGUGGAGGCCACUGGCCUGGUGGAGGAGGCGCCCACCAUAGUCAUCACCACCAGGGGGGCUCCAGCUCACAGCAGCCCUGGGGUCACCCCAUGCUGGCUGGGGGCCCGCCACCCUGGAGCCUCCACCACCCUGGAGGAGGGAAUCAGAGGGGUAGCGCGGGAGGCGCAGGAGGGGUGAGGAACAGUCCUCAGGCUAUGAGGAGGACGUCAUCGGGGGGGAGAAAUGAACAGGGCAUGAGCAGGAGCGCCAGCAUCACCUCUCAGAUCUCCAACGGAUCCCACCUGUCAUACACCUAGAACACACACACACAUAACACGAUAAUUGUCUUAAAGUCAAAUUCUUGUGCACCGAGGUGACACUACACAGACACGCACCAUGCAUGCACCACACAUACACUUAUUUCCCACAGUGCGUCUGACACACACUGCACAGUGCUAAGACUGGGUUUACCUCAGCCCAGUAUCUCUCCAUCACCACUGCUCUCUUACAUCAAUGUACUGCUAGCAGCAGUCUGUGGAAACCCAGAAGUCUUGAGACUCAUCCAAGAUGGCUGAGGGCCAUAUACAGAAAGCCACAGUGCAAUAGUGUCAUUUUUACUUUAGCCUUUAGUGCUAUUUAAUGUGUUUUGCCAUGUUAGUCUCUGUUGCCAUAAAUGUGAUGCUUUCACAAUACGGUGCAUUGUGGGAAAAUUUGCAUCCAGUGUGCAAUUUUUAGAAUCACAUUUAAAAAUUUUUUUUUUUUUUACCUCAAAUCACUCACAGUUCAAGAUUUAAGCACAGAUAUAUUACUGAUAGAAAGUGUAAUGAGAUUGUUGUUUAUGUGCAGUUAUUGACGAAUGAGAAGGCAGGUGGUAAUGUAGGGGUAUGACUUAAGAUUAAA